CGAGUGAACACGACGCUGCCGAACCGGAAGCCAAACAAGGAAUUCGGGUCUGAGGAAUGUUACGUGUCAUUUUCAGAGUUUCAGUCAUUCAGAAAUAUCCUGAAGCGCUUCAGUGGUUAAACACCUGCUGCGCCACGCUGUUGAUGAACUCUUUCCUCCUCCACUUCCUGCUGCUGACGGCUGAAGGAUGAAGGCUUUGAUUCUGGUUGGGGGUUAUGGGACCCGGCUGCGGCCGCUCACCCUGAGCGUCCCCAAACCGUUGGUGGAGUUCUGCAACAAGCCCAUCCUGCUGCACCAGGUGGAGGCACUGGUCAAGGCCGGGGUGAACCACGUCGUUUUGGCUGUCAGCUACAUGUCGGAGCUGCUGGAGAGGGAGAUGAGAGUCCAGGAGCAGAGACUCGGGAUCCAGAUCUCUCUGUCUCAUGAGACGGAGCCUCUCGGAACCGCCGGGCCGCUGGCGCUGGCCCGAGAGCUGCUGAACGUCGACAACGAGCCGUUCUUUGUCCUCAACUCGGACGUCAUCUGUGACUUCCCAUUCAAAGAUCUGCUGCGGUUCCACCGCAGCCACGGCCAGGAGGGAACCAUCGUGGUGACGCGGGUCGAGGAGCCGUCGAAGUACGGCGUCGUCGUUUACGAGUCGGAGAGCGGUAGAAUCCAGCGCUUCGUCGAGAAGCCGCAGGUCUUCGUCUCCAACAAGAUCAACGCCGGCAUCUACAUCUUCAAUCCCAGCAUGCUCAGCAGGAUACAGCUCAGACCAACUUCUAUCGAGAAGGAAAUAUUUCCUGUCAUGGCGAGAGAGGGGCAUCUGUACGCCAUGGAGCUGCAGGGGUUCUGGAUGGACAUCGGUCAGCCGAAGGACUUCCUCACAGGAAUGUGCAUGUACCUUCAUUCUCUGCGACAACACGCUCCAGAGAGGCUGCGCACAGGACCCGGUUUCCUUGGCAAUGUCCUGGUGGACCCGACGGCGCAGAUAGGGGAGAACUGCACCAUCGGGCCGAACGUCACCAUCGGCGCCGGCGUUGUGGUCGAGGACGGCGUCAGGAUAAAGCGAUGCACGGUCCUGAAAGGGUCCAGAGUCCGAUCGCACUCCUGGCUGGAGAGCUGCAUCGUCGGGUGGAGCUCCUCCGUCGGCCAGUGGGUCCGUAUGGAGAACGUGACGGUGCUGGGGGAGGACGUGAUCGUAAACGACGAGCUCUACCUGAACGGCGCCAACGUCCUGCCUCAUAAAUCCAUCAACGAGUCGGUCCCAGAGCCGCGGAUCAUCAUGUAGCGCCACCCGCAGGCAGCGGGAGGAUAACACCUCGGCUAACUCUCCACUAACUGAAUCCCCAUGUUGCUUCGGACAAACCGACAAGUGGAAGAUGAACAACCAAGUUUAUUUUUUUGUUUUAUUUACAUUUAAUUUGGACUCGUUUUAGCCCUGCAUGGCUGCAGUUUCCUCCAGGAAGUUCGACUUUAGCGGGACGGACGUCGGGUUGGAGGGAAACCGGUUUGGGGUUGGUGCACUUGGUAGGAGGGUAAGGAGCUGAUGAUGGGAUUAUGGGUGAGCAUUGCUUCUUAGACUUUAUAAGUUCAACACUCUGAAGGAUCAAACAGCAGCUUUGUGCUCAAAUCAUGACUAUUAACGGUGGGGAAGUUUAAAAACUCGUCGAAAUGUGAAUGUUUGUUAGAAAAUCUGACCUCAGAAAUCUGGAAUCAACAUCAUGAUCCUUCAUUUAGAUUAAAACUAAUUGUUACGCAACAGAUUUUCUCUCUUUUGCGUCAGAAACGAAGCGGUUACUAACAGGAUGACUUUCAUUCCUUAAUUAGGUCAAAUCACUGCUUUUCAGCAGCGCCUGCUAAAUGCAGCUAGUUUGUGUCCAUUUAAAAGAAAACAGUCAACAUCUGAUAUUCAUCUGGUUUUCUCAAAAAUAAAAUUCAAAAUGUGAUAUUUUGUAAAUUAUAGCUCCAAAACAUGACAUAUUAAUGUGGAUUUACCCGGACUGCUGAUGUUUUCAUCCACAAGAUUCAGCAACAACAAACGAGUCCUAUCACACUUUGAAAAAAGUAUUUAUUUUUAAAACUUUUUUUUAUUUUGAGAAAUAUAUUUUUUAAAAUGAAUUUAUUUACAAAUAUUCCAACAGAUUAAAUUUGAUUUAAUUUAAAGCGUAGAAAAAACACUGAAAGUUUGAUAUUUGAGCCGUCAUUCAUUUUAAAAAAGAAAUUAAUUUACUCUAUCACUUCCAAUAUCUUGAUUUUCUUCUUAUUUUUGCGUCUCUUUUUAUUAUUCUGUUAAUACAUCAUUUUUUAAAUUAAAAUUUAAAUCAUUAUCCUCUCCAACAGAACGAGUUUCAAUAGGAAAGAAAAUCCGUUUUGGAAUCUAUAUCUGAUUUUAAACAAUUAUAUACAUGAAAUACGCCAAGCUUUGGCCGGAGGCACUGUGGCUAAACGCAUCUCAGAAAACAUUUCUAAGUUGUUGAGUUUUAAGAAAAUCUCUCGGCUUGAUGUGAAAAAUGCCUUUUUGGCAGCAAUGUUGAAAAAUUUCCUCUCAGUUGGAUUUUUUUAUUUGUAAGCGAGAAAAUAAAAACGAACAAAAAGGUGAAAUAUUCGACGCUCUGUUUGACGUAGGACGAACUUUUGGACUCGUCACCGUGACAUUGUGCUUUAUUGGUGAUUUUACCUCCAGUUUUUUUUUCUUUAUUUUUCAUUUGGCUGAAAACUCAACAGAAAUGUGGAAGCGGUACUUCGUUCACUCCUCUGAAUUCUGUCGCUCAACGUUCCUGUAGAAACUGCUAAUUAUGGGUACCAGAGCUGUUUGCAGUCAUUGUGAGAAAUCCUGAAACGGAUUCAGGUUUAAGCUCUAAAAUAUUAAGAAAACUUCAACUUCUGAUCAAGUUGAAUCAUUUUCUGAUGUUCUGGCUGCAGAUAUUUAAUCACUAAGUUGAUCUUUAUUAAUUGUUUAUCUCUGUUUAUGUGCCGCCUGUCAGACAGCUACGGUAAGCAGUUACUGAUUUAAAGUCGGGCAGUAUUCUGGAGCCGAAAUGUGUAAAAAGUGUUGGUGAAGGAAAGGUUUUUCUUGUCAUUAAGGUGUUUUUCUAAAGAAACAAAAUAAAUCCACUAAAGGUA